CAUUUUGCUCACAACUACUAAAAGAAAAAGAGUUGAGAAACCAGUUCUUGUUGAACAAUAUUAAAGCUAUGGUCUCACUUCUCAAAGCACUCACCAUGAGUCCAAAAAGAGAAGCUCCUUCAGAUUUUGAAGCUUCACAAAAGAAGAGAAAGUGGGAAGACUCACUUACUGAAGAAUUCUUUAAGGAUCAAAAACAUGAAGUGAAAACAAAAUCAAUCUUUGAUAUUGAACUUCACCUCAAAACACCAUUACCUUCAGAUAAAUGGCAACAAUACCUCACUCUUCAGUCAGGGCAGAUACACUUGUGUAACACAAAGAUGAAUAUGAAAACACAAGAAUCAAACAGAGACCUUUUACCUGAAAAAUCAUCUCUUGGUCAAAUAAGCUUAGACCUUGAGCUUAACUUGACUUGUGAAUCAUUGAGAAAAAAAGAAGAAAGUUAUGACAAUUUUGAGAAGAAGAAGAUUUCUGGUUCCCCUAAUCUAGUGAAUGAAUCAAGCAGCAAGAAUAAUAAUAAUAAAAAAAAGGAUUCAAGUGUUUUAACUCCAUCAUGGUUAUCAUCAGAUGGAGAUUACAAAGAAAUGAUUGCAACAGUUUGUAUGAGGUGUCACAUGUUGGUAAUGCUUUGCAAGUCAUCACCUUCUUGUCCUAAUUGCAAAUUCAUGCACCCACCACCAGAUCAGAACCCUUCAAAAUUUUUGAAGAGAAGAAGGUUUAGCCUCUUGUCAUAAUUCAAGAACACAAGCACUUCUUGGUCCAAUAAGCCUAUGUUAUCUUUUAAUUAAUCCUUCUUGGAUUAUUGUAGUUUAUUUUAUAUUUUAGAUAUUAUAUAUUCAAAACAAAAGGGUAGUGUUUAAUCUACCUCUUCCUCUAAGUAGUUGUAAUUUGACUUUUAGAAUGUGUGUCAAUGAGUAACUUAUUAGAAACUAACCUUGUGUAUCAUAGUCAUUAUAUUUAUGUAUAUAUAAGAGUGCUGCUCUUGAUCAUCCUAAAUUCAUGUAUGUUCCUAACUUAGUAGUAUGUUCCUUAAAGUUGUAACAAAAUCUUAUGUGUUUCAAUUUUCUUUUCCAGUAAUGAGAACAGAGUUUGAACA